GGGCGCUAUCCCGCAACCGAACUUUGGGCUUAAUGGGCCGGGUAGCCCAUAAGACCCAAGCCCAAUUUUUAUUCGGCGAUGUUGGCUCUUAGCUAACAAGGAAGAAGCAAGAGGAGACACGAAGCAGCGGUCUCGGUCGAAAUUUCUGGCGGCUUUGUCGUCGACUCUUCUCCUAGUCUCAAACCGAUCCCUGACUUGCGCCCAACGAAAACCUGCAAAUAACAGAAGAAGAAAAAUCAGAGAGAGAGAGAGAGAGAGAGAGAGAGAGAGAGAGAGAGAGAGAUGGUGCUGUGGGAGAUCACGUUAGGAACUGCAUAUUUUCUGGGCCUGAAACGGACUUACAGGCUCGCUCUGAGGAUUCAGCGUCGCCUCAUCAGUUCUAAGUACGCCAAGAUCCGCCACUUUGUUCACAGGCGGACGCGUGUUGUAUUUGAUGUAGCACUCAGGGUUCACCAGAAGAUACAGCACAGAGACAUAGAAGUUGGUCGGAAUCUUGGUAACUGGAUUCUCAGGUGGCUUGAUCGAAUGAAACCAUCAGCUCAAAUACGUGCUCGCCCACCUGUAAAGCCUCCCAUCAGUGGUACUGCUAACACUAUUACGACAAAGCAGGUAACUAACUACUCAUCCCACCAAAAAACCCCAGGGUUCUUCCGUAGAUCAGGCAGGAGUAUGGAUGGGGAGUCCAAUAGGCAUCUGUUUGUUUCAUCAGCAAAUGCAUGGCCAAAACCUUUUCCUACCCUCGCAAUGAUGAUGCUUCCCACAAGGCCUGCAGCCAAUAGCUUUCAGUAUAGGCACCUGUGGUUUUCUGGGCCCGAAGUUUUGAGAUCAAACAAUGCAAGAAAUGGGUUUGAGGGAGUGAUCCGGAAGGACAUAAUGCAGUGGAUGCUGCGAAACUAACAGCUUGGAGCUCACUUUUUUCCCCUGCACUUUGUUUUUGCUAGUUUUCUUGUCAUAUCAUUGAGUUCAAACAGUAGAAGGGUAUGGCUUCGGAGAGUUAACUUUUAACGCAGGUGGUGCUGCAAAAUCGAUGGCUGGACCUUUAGUGUUAUGCAAUGGAGAUUAAUCCCUUUCAUCUUCCUUUGCUUUUUUGGCUUUUGUAUAUUCUCAUGAGGUUCGUCUGGCUGGAACUGUCAGUUGCUAGAUCCCAAAUAAUAUUGCUGUUUAAUAAAAACGGUUGCUUUGUGUCA